CCUGCCGCCUGAAUCCUUAAAAGCAAAAGCAAAAUCAAAAUCAAAAUCAAAAUCAAAAUCAAAACGUACAAAAAAAGAACAUCAUUUUCUGAUAGCUUUUCUCACAAAAACACCCCAAAUCUCGUGUUCCCCCUUUUUUUUAUUUUCUGAGCAAAAUCUCUUUAAUUUCUGCAACCCACGAACACAUUCCUUCUUCUUCAAUGGCUUCCAAUGGGAAACAUGGGUCUCCCUCUUAUGUGCCCUCUGCCCCAUCCCUGCCCGAGUCCUAUAGGCAGCAGUACUUUCAGGGGAGUGGCGGCUCCUAUGGUUACGGGCAGCAGCACUCUCAGGGCAAUGGCAGCUCCUAUAGUUACGGGCAGCAGCAGGGGCCUUCUUCAUACGGGCACUCUGGUUUUCCUCCGGGAACAGACCCAGCUGUGAUUAGCAGCUUUCAGAUGGUCGACAGGGACAGGAGUGGUUUUAUUGAUGAUAAUGAGCUGCAGCAAGCUCUUUCUUCUGGGUACCAGAGAUUUAGCCUCAGGACCAUUCGCUUGCUCAUCUUUCUCUUCAAAAGCCCCAAUGAUCCUCUCCGAGUUGGCCCCAAAGAGUUUGCUGCACUCUGGACUUGUCUUGGUCAAUGGCGAGGCAUAUUUGAGAAAUAUGACAAAGAUAGGAGUGGGAAAAUUGAUUCGAUGGAACUGAGGGAUGCACUCUACAGUCUAGGCCUUGCCAUCCCACCUUCUGUUCUUCAACUUUUGAUUUCCAAGUAUGAUGAUGGAAGUGGGAGCAGGGUUGAACUCAAUUUCGAUAGUUUUGUGGAAUGCGGGAUGAUUGUGAAGGGUUUGACUGAUAAGUUCAAAGAGAGAGAUCUGCGAUAUACCGGUUCGGCAACUAUUAAUUAUGAUACAUUCAUGUCUAUGGUCAUCCCAUUUUUUGUGUCAUAUAAUUGAUUUGGUCUUGAUGUUUGUAAAUAUAUAGUUUGUAAAGAAAUUUGUAUUACAUUGUUUUGUAUUUGCCUAGUGAAACUUGUGAUCUGUCUAGAGGUACCUUUUGACUAAAAAUUUUCCUGUGGGCAACGUGUUUGGGCCAUUUUCCAGGGUAAACACAUUGUAUUUGCAUUUCACUGUUUAACAAGCAAGGACUUUUUCACCUUGUGUUAGCAGAUAAAGAGAUGACUGGAUAUUGAUAUCUUC